CCUGAGAGCUAAAGUCCCCUUCCAACUUCAGGACCAGAGCCAAAGUCUCCUCUCUCUCUUCUGGCUGCCUUGCCCAGAUUUCAUCAGGAUGAGGUCCCUGAUUCUAUUUGCUGCCCUCCUAUGUCUCCAGGGCUUUUUGGCUGAGGAAGAUGCAUGCCUCUCCCUGGAAGGGAGCCCAGACUGGCAGGAUGGAGGUCAACCCCUGAAUGUGAACAUCAGCAGCCAGGGGAGGCCUACCAGCCUGUUUCUGAGUUGGGCAGAUGCAGAACCAGGUGGGUUUAGCCAUGCCCUCCGCCUCACAAGUCUGACCCCCCUGGGCUUCCCAGAAGGGCAGCAGCAGCUCCAGGCUCACACCAAUGAGUCCCGUUUUGAGUUCCAUGGCCUGGUGCCAGGGACUCACUACCAGCUGGAAGUGACUGCUAUAAGACCCUGCAGGCGGAAUGCCACGGUUACCCUCAUUGCCCAAACUGCGCCAUCAGUGGUUCGUGGACUGCAACUGCACAGCUCCGGGAGCCCAGCCAGCCUGGAGGCCUCAUGGAGUGAUGCCCCUGGGGAGCAAGACAGCUACCAACUUCUCCUCUACCAUCUGGAAUCCCAAACACUGGCAUAUAAUAUCUCUGUGUCCCCAGGCAACCUGUCGUACAAUUUUGUCAACCUCUUGCCAGGCAGUCAGUAUGUUUUGGAGGUUAUCACCUGGGCUGGAAAUCUCCAGGCAAAGACUUGCAUCUACCAGUGGACAGACCCUAUGCCUCCAGAUCACCUGCAGCUACGUGCCUUGAAUACCAGUGACCUGCAAGCCUCCUGGAACAACUCCGAGGGGGCCGCCUGGCUCAACCUGGUGCUCACAGACCUCCUAGGGGGCACCAACUUGACUGCAGUGGUCAGACGAGGGGUCUCAAGUCACACAUUCCUCCACUUGUCACCGGGUACACCUUAUGAACUGAUGCUUAGUGCUGCUGCCGGGCCCCACCAGAUUGUGGGGCCCAAUGCUACCGAAUGGACUUAUCCCUCUGCCCCAUCUGACCUGGUGCUGGCUCCCAUGCCUUCUGAGCUCUGGGCAAACUGGAAGGCAGGGCCCGGAGCCCGGGAUGGCUAUGUGCUGAGAUUAAGUGGGCCAGUGGAGAAGAAUACUACUUUGGGCCCUGAGGAGUGCAACACCAUGUUCCCAGGGCCCCUGCCUGUUGGACACUAUACUGUGGAGCUGAAGGUUCAGGCUGGGCCCUAUGAUGCCUGGACAGAGGCCAGUGCCUGGCUGGAUGGGUCUGCUGCCCAGCUUAGGCAGGGCCCUGGUGCUAGACUGUGGCUGGAUGGAGUGGAAGCUACUAAGCAGCCUGGGAGGCGGGCAUUGCUUUAUGCUGAUGGUGCCCCAGACCUCCUAGGAAACAUCUCUCUGCCUUCUGGUGCCACCCACGUUACCUUCUGUGGCCUGGUGCGUGGGGCCCACUACCAGGUGGACAUUGUCUCAUCCAUGGGAGACAUCACUCAGAGCCUCACAGGCCACACAAAUCCCCUGGCACCACAGUCACUGGAGGUCAUCAGCAGGAGCAGCCCAUCUGACUUGACCAUUGGCUGGGCACAAGCACCGGGGCAGCGGGAAGGCUACAGGGUCACCUGGCACCAGAAUGGCAUCCAGAGGUCACCUGGAAGCCUUGUUGACUUGGGCCCUGAUGAUUCCAGCCUGACUCUGAAGGGUCUGGCACCUGGAUCCUGCUACACUGUGUCAGCAUGGGCCUGGUCAGGGAACCUAAGCUCUAACCUGCAGAAGAUCCACACCUGCACCCGCCCUGCUCCUCCCACCAACCUGAGCCUGGGCUUUGCCACCCAACCUGCAGCACUGAGGGCUUUCUGGAGUCACCCCCCAGGCGGCAGAGAUGGGUUCCAGCUGCGGCUUUAUAGGCUGAGGCCCCUGGCACUAGAAACUGAUGAAACCCUGGCUCGGGAAGCCCAGAACUUCUCCUGGGCCCAGCUGGCUGCAGGCUCUGAGUUCCAGGUACAGCUGACUACCCUGUGGGGGUCUGAGACAAGCAGCAGCACCAAUGCCACAGGCUGGACAUCCCCCUUUCCCCCAACCCUGGUAAAUGUGAUCAGUGAAGGCCCCACCCAGCUUCAAGUAUCCUGGGCUCAUGCUUCUGGGGAUCAGAACAGCUAUCAAGUGACCCUAUACCAGGCGGGUGUCUGGAAAGCCACCAGCACUACUGGACCCAGGGUGGACAGUGCAAGCUUUUCGGCUCUGACUCCUGGCACUAAGUAUGAGGUGGAGGUCAUCUCAUGGGCUGGGCCCCUUCACACUGCAGCAGCCAAUGUCUCUGCUUGGACGUCUCCACUCACGCCCAAUGAGUUGCUUGUGUCAAUGCAGGCAGGUAGUGCCAUGGUCAACCUGGCUUGGCCUAGUGGCCCAUUGGGGCAGGGGACAUGCCAUGCCCAACUCUCAGAUGCUGAGCACCUCUCAUGGGAGCAACCCCUGAUGCUAGGGCAAGACCACCUUGUGCUGAAGGACCUCACACCAGGAUGCACCCUCUUGCUGUCUGUGCAGUGCCAGGCAGGGCCACUUAAGACUUCUACUCACCCUGUGGUGCUGUCUGUGGAGCCUGGCCCUGUGGAAGAUGUGUUGUGCCAGCCUGAGGCCACCCACCUGACCCUGAACUGGACGAUGCCUGCUGGGGAUGUGAGCAUAUGUCUGGUGGUGGCAGAGCAGCUGGUGGUAGGAGGGAAUUCUCUCUUUGUGUUCCAGGCCAACAUCUCGGAGACUGCACUCCUGUUGCACAACCUGAUGCCCACCACUUCCUACCGCCUUAGCCUCACUGCACUGGGCAGAAAUAGCCUGUGGAGCCGGGCAGUCACCGUGGUGUGCACUACUUCUGCCAAUGUCUGGCACCCCCCAGAGCUAGUUGAGGCCCCCCAGCUGGAGCUGGAGACAGGGAUGAAUGUGAUAAUCACACGGGGCAUGUUUGGCAAGGAUGAUGGGCAGAUCCAGUGGUAUGGCAUCAUUGCUACCACCAACAUGUCACUGGCUCAGCCUUCCCAGGAAGUCAUUAACCACACAUGGCAUGACCACUACUAUGGAGGACAUGACUCCUAUCUGGCUGUGCUGUUUCCCAACCCCUUCCAUCCAGGACCCUGGGCUGUGCCAAGAUUCUGUACAGUGCCCAUGGGUACAGAGGACUGUGGCCAUACCCAGGAGAUAUGCAAUGGGCCCCUCAAGCCGGGCUCCCAGUAUAGGUUCAGUGUCACAGCUUUUACCAGGAUCAGCCUUCCUGAGACCAUCAUCUCGUUCUCAGCUUUCUCAGAACCCCAUGUCAGUGUCUCCACAGUGGUAGUGCCCCUGCCAGUUAUGGUGGGCACUGUGGCAGGCUGCAUCCUCAUUGUGUGUGCAGUGCUGGGCUUGCUGUGCUGGUGGCGCCUGAAGGGACCAAGGGCAGAGAAGGAUGGCUUUUCCCAUGAGCCGAUGCCUUUCAUCCUGCGGCGGACUCACCGGCCCAUCCCCAUCCACAGCUUCCGGCAGAGUUAUGAGGCCAAGAGUGCACAUGCACACCAGGCUUUCUUUCAGGAGUUUGAGGAGCUGAAGGAGGUGGGCAGGGAGCAGCCCAGGCUGGAGGCUGAACACCCUGCCAACAUUACUAAGAACCGGUACCCGCAUGUGCUACCUUAUGACCACUCUAGGGUCAGGCUGGCCCAGCUGGUGGGAGAGCCCCAUUCCGAUUACAUCAAUGCCAACUUCAUCCCAGGCUACAGCCACCCGCAGGAGUUCAUUGCUACCCAGGGGCCUCUUAAGAAGACACUGGAGGACUUCUGGCGGUUGGUGUGGGAGCAGCAAGUUCAUGUCAUCAUCAUGCUGACUAUGGGCAUGGAGAACGGGCGGGUCCUGUGUGAAAAUUACUGGCCAGGAGACUCCACUCCUGUCACCUACGGUCAUAUCACAAUCAACCUUCUGGCAGAGAAGCCUGAAGAUGAGUGGACCAAAAGGGAAUUCCAACUGAAGCAUGGUACCCAGCAAAAGCAGCGGCAGGUGAAGCAGCUGCAGUUCACUACCUGGCCAGACCACAGUGUCCCAGAAACACCCAGCUCCCUUCUUACCUUUGUGGAACUGGUACAGGAGCAGGUGAGGGCUACCCAGGGUAAGGGGCCCAUCCUGGUGCACUGCAGUGCGGGUGUGGGCCGGACAGGCACCUUUGUGGCUCUUUUACGACUGCUGCAGCAGAUAGAGGAGGAACAGGUGGUUGAUGUGUUCAAUGCUGUGUACACACUCCGGCUGCACCGGCCCCUCAUGAUCCAGACACCGAGCCAGUACAUCUUUCUGCACAGCUGCCUGCUGAACAAGAUUCUGGAAGGACCGUCUGACACCUCAGACUCCGGCCCCAUCUCAGUGCUGAAUUUUGCACAGGCUUGUGCCAAGAGGGCAGCCAAUGCUAAUGCUGGCUUCUUGAAGGAGUACAAGCUCCUGAAACAGGCCAUCAAGGAUGAGGCUGGCUCUUUGAUGCCCCCUCCUGGCUACAAACAGAACAGCACUGUCUUCGGUGAUCAUUCUCAGCCACAGUGUACUCUGGUGGAGGAGGGCCCUGCUGACAACAUGCUGGAAGCCUGGCUCUUCCCUGGUGGGCCUUCUGGUCGUGACCACGUGGUGCUGACAGGCAGUGCAGGGCCAAAGGAGUUUUGGGAACUGGUGUGGAAGCAUGGGGCCCAUGUGCUGGUCUCUCUGGGCCUACCUGAUGUCAAGGAAAAGCCACAGGACUUCUGGCCAAUGGAGAUGCAUCCCAUUGUCACAGACGUGGUGACAGUGCACAAAGUGGCUGAGAACAAGACAGCCGGCUGGCCCUGUACCCUCUUCAGAGUUAUACAUGGGGAGAGUGGGAUGGAGAGACAGGUUCAAUACCUGCAGUUUCCCUGCUGGGAGUCUGGGUUUGAGCUUCCAGCAACGACCUUGCUGCCCUUUCUGGAUGCUGUGGGUCAGUGCUGUUCCCAGGGCAAGAGCAAGAAGCCGGGCACCCUGCUCAGCCACUCCAGUUGCAGCAAGAGUACAAACCAGUUGGGCACCUUCCUCGCCAUGGAGCAGCUGCUACAGCAGGCUGGAACUGAGUGCACCGUGGAUGUCUUCAAUGUGGCCCUGAAGCAGUCACAGGCCUGUGGCCUCAUGACCCCAACACUGGAGCAGUAUAUCUACUUCUACAACUGUCUGAACAGUGCACUGCUUAAUGGGCUGCACUGAGUUGGGGAGAAGCCUGUGCCUUGCCAGGCAGUGGUGACCCCAGCAAGUCCACCCAGACCUGGCUUCCCUGGGACAGCAGCCUCUACUGGGCCUUAUGCUGUGAAAAGGCAGUCAAGGAAUA